AUUAACUAACUUAUGAAUUUUCUUUUUUCUCUGCCUUUCUUCUCGCUCGAAUUCCGAGAACCAGGUGGAAAAUCUGUCUCUUUCUAGGGUUUAGAAAUCUAGUUCCCGGUUUCGGAAUCGAAUUCGGUCAUCUGUGUUCUUUCCCGCACUGAGUUCCCAGCUCGCAAUCUUUCACUACAAUGGCUGCUCCUGCUGGAGUUGACAACACGUUCAGGAAGAAGUUCGAUCGAGAAGAGUACUUAGAACGAGCUCGCGAGCGGGAAAAGCAGGAGGAUGAAGGUCGAUCAAAGUCUAAAUCAAAAGGUCCUCCUGUACAGAGGAAGCCCCUAAAGCACAGAGAUUAUCAUGUUGACCUUGAAUCUCGGUUGGGGAAGACUCAGGUUGUUACUCCAAUUGCACCUCUAAGUCAGCAGGCUGGAUACUACUGUUCGGUUUGUGAGUGUGUAGUGAAGGAUUCUGCUAACUACUUGGACCAUAUAAAUGGCAAGAAACAUCAAAGGGCUUUGGGCAUGUCUAUGCGAGUGGAAAGAGCUUCCCUUCAACAGGUCCAAGAACGAUUCGAAAUGCUCAAGAAACGGAAGGAUCCCACCACGUUCUCUGAACAAGAUCUCGAUGAGCGGCUCCUGAAACAGCAGCAAGAGGAGGAAGAACGGAAGAGACAGCGACGAGAAAGAAAGAAAGAGAAAAAGAAAGAGAAGGCGGCAGAGGAGCAAGAAGAUAUUGAUCCUGAUGUUGCUGCUAUGAUGGGAUUUGGUGGUUUUGGUUCAUCGAAGAAAUAGAGGCACGGAGCCCUCUGCAAAGGAUUAUGUGUGUAUAGGUAAAUCUUCAGACGAAUGCUAUCAUCAAAGAUAUAUGGUAGUUCUGCGGAGGAGCAUAUCUGAAGAGUUUUUCGACGCCUGCCUGAUUUCCUUGGGGAAAAUUUGUACAAAUUUCCAGCGCUAUAAAUCUUGGCGAUGCCAUUUCAUGACUGUUUGAUGAUGCGCCAUUGCAUGAGUUUUCGACUCUCUUUUCUUUCGUCACCCUUGGUUAACGGAGAAAGAAAACCUCAGAAUUAGGGGUGUGCAACGAUAUGGUAUCCAACCGAACAGAGCAUAUAGCCUUGAAGCUCGCAUUUAGCCGAUUCAUUAACCAUAUUAUUCUGUUGGGCAGAAUUAUAGUGAAUUUCUGAUCCAUGCAGAACUUGGGUCCGAUCAUGGCAUACGCCGUUGAGUUUUGGACAAAAUUGAAUAGUUGCACAUCCUAGUCAGGACUCGGGAUGAAAACUAGCCGAAUUUCAUUCCUCGGAUCUGGCUGGGAUGAUCAGGUUCAGUCCGAGCUUGAAUUUGUUUGAAUUCGGUCCGAACUAUUUCGAUUAGCUGCGUUUAUAUUUCCUUGUUUUGCAAGGAAUUCAUUGAAUCCGGAACUGACAGAAAACAAUUAUGUCACCC